CUUUUUUAAAAUAAUUUUGUGAUUUUAUAACAGUUUAGUAAAAAAAUAAAUAAAAGGUAAAUUUUUAAAAAAUAAUUCAAAAAAUUUUCAGUGAUAAAAAAAAUCAAGUGACUUUAAAACAAACCACAGCAAUUGCUUUUUCAUCUGUUGAAUUAAUUUCAAAAAGAGACAAGACGGAAACAUAUUCUGUCUCUUGCACGGACUGUUCGAAUAAAAAUGCAACUUCCAGUACCAGUUACACACUACCGGAAGCAGUGUCUGAACGUAUUAGCUCCUCGAUGACACAAGAACUAGGCUCGUUGAAACUAGUCCAAGGUAGUAGUGUGAAACAUGACAGCGGAGGUAGCAGUAACUUCAGUAAAAAUUCCGGGAGUCCAAAAUUGAAUUAUGACAGCCGUCGCAUUUCAAAAAAUCAAUCCCUCCAUUUGGACGAUCCAUCUGUUGUCAAAGAAGUGGAGAAUGAUUCACUUCCAACAAUAGACACUCCAGAAGCAUGUGACAAGGCAGCUCGCAGAUUAAGAUGGGUAUUACAACGUCUUGAUAAUGGGGGAAUGUCUGUGGAGCUUUUGCGAAAUAACUUACAGUAUGCGGCGCGGGUUUUAGAAACGGUUUCUGUCCGUGAGAUGAAACGUUCGGUUGAAGAAGACGAUGAGUUUUCAGAUGUUCAAACAAAUGCAGUCCCAAUCGAAGUUCGAGAAUGGCUAGCAUCAACUUUUACGAGACAAGUAGGAAGUACAAAAUGCAAAAUGGAUGAAAAACCCAAGUUCCGUUCCGUCGCUCAAGCUAUAAGAGCCGGAAUUUUUGUUGAACGGAUUACACGGAAAGUUACAAACUACAAUCUUAUGCAAUUUCCACCUGAAGUACUUAAAGUCUUCAAGGGUUUAGAUGAUUGGUCAUUCAACACUUUCUCCUUAAAUGAUGUAGCCCAGGGCACGCCUUUGAAAUACUUAGGAUAUGAUUUAUUAAACCGUUAUGGAAUAAUACGAAAAUUCAAAAUUCCACCCCUAACCCUAGAAAACUUUCUUACUAGAAUUGAAGAAGGCUACUGUCAGCAUAAAAAUCCAUAUCACAAUAAUAUUCAUGCAGCAGAUGUAACUCAAACAAUGCAUUAUAUACUCAGUAAAGCAGGUUUAACGAAUUGGUUGACAGAAUUGGAAAUAUUCGCAUCACUAGUAGCAGCAAUAAUUCAUGAUUACCAGCAUACCGGAACGACAAAUAAUUUUCAUGUGAUGGCAGGAAGUGAUACGGCGUUGCUUUAUAAUGAUCGUGCAGUGCUAGAGAACCAUCAUGUUUCCGCAAGCUUUCGAAUUAUGAAAGAAGAAGAAUUUAAUAUUUUGCGAAACCUAUCGAAAGAAGAUUAUCGUAAAUUUAGAUCUCUGGUAAUAGACAUGGUCCUUGCAACGGAUAUGAGUUUUCAUUUCCAACAACUCAAAAAUAUGAAGACUUUAUUAGCUGUUGCAGAGCCAGUAGUUGAUAAAAGUAAAGUUAUUAGCCUCGUUCUCCAUUGCUGUGAUAUUUCGCAUCCGUCAAAAAAAUGGGACCUUCAUUAUAGAUGGACUAUGCAGUUGUUAGAGGAAUUCUUUAGACAGGGUGAUAUGGAACAAGAAUUGGGUUUGCCUUUUUCUCCUCUGUGUGAUCGUAAAAACACCUUAGUGGCAGAAUCACAAAUUGGUUUUAUCGAAUUUAUCGUUGAGCCAAGUAUGCAAAUUUGCGGUGAUGUGUUAGACUUUGUACUUGCACCCCUCAAUAAAAAAGAUAAUAUAGAUGAUACAGCAUCAUCGGAAGCAAAACGAUUCAGAAUACUGAGACCGUGGAAUCAAUGUUUAGUGGAAAAUAAAAAAUUAUGGAAAGAGGAAGCCUUACGUGUUGCUGCACUACAGCCGGCAGCCUAAAGUAGUAAUAUACUGGAUAUCUAUGGAUCAAAGUGAAUUGAAAUUUUUAUUUACCGUCUUUUUUAAAUGAUAUAAGUCUUCAACAAUUGACAAUGCUGAAUUGAAUUUAUUAUAAAUAUUAUUAACAAUAAUGGGACCGAAAAUUUGAAAUUAUGGAUUUGUAAUUAUGCUUUAUAAAAUUUAAGAUAUUUUUCAUUUGCCUUCCCUAUACACAUGGGAAUUCAUUUCUUAUGCGCGGGAUCAUUUACAUGAGAUGCUGAGCUAUGCGAAUUCUCCAGAAAAACUUUUUGAUUAAAUUAUUGUAGGACCUUGGCAGUGAUCAUGAAACGUCCUUAAUUCUCAGUUAAAGUAGAGAUAAAACGGGAUGAGAUUGCCAUAAAAGAAAUAGCCCAUUUUACCGUAAUUUAUUAUCUCCACAUAAUAGCUUCAUGCAAAAAAGCUCUUUUGCUGAGUAUUGUAGCACAAUCAAUAUUUUUAAUGUUACUAUGAUCUCAUUGCCGUGUAUUUGAUUUAUAUUUAUUUCAUCUACCACUGCCCUCUUAUAUACUUCCCUCAAAUCAUACGUAUUAAGAAUAUUUUUUAAAAUAUUUAUAUAUUUUGAAUUUAUUUACAUUCAUUUCUUCAUAAUAAUUUAAUUAAGUAUAUUAAUUAUGACGUAUAUAUUUUGUUACUUAAUGCUUUUUUUUCAUCAUUUUCUGUGAUAUUAUUUACGAUAAUAGUAUCAUCGGUUUAUGGAUUAUCAAUACUUAAAGGUCAGUCGAUUGAAACUUUUUUUUUUGUAACUAGCCCAAUGUGUUUUUUAAUACCUAAUAUAUCAUGAUCAAUAAAAAUUUUAGUGCUAACUUCUUUUUUAUUAUGUUUAACAGUAAAAAUUAAUGUUUUUGUAUGGGUAAAAAAAUAAUAUGGUAAUCUCAACCGUUAUUUGCUUUAAAUGCUGAGAGUAUCCCUUAAAAUAAUUGAUGUAGUUAUAGAGAAAAUACAUAUGAUGUACCAUAGACUAUUUAUAAAUAUUCUCAAAUAUCAUCCACGUAAUUAUUAUGCUAUUUAUGACUCUGAUUCACGUUUGAUUAACUUGCUCAUGCAGCUCCAUAAUUACAUAAAAUUUUUCACAUGAUAGGAAAAUGAAUUGAGCGGCAAAAGCUUAUAUUUUUAUAGUUGGACAUCAAUAAUUGAAGGCCAUAUACAUGAAUUUACUUACAUCGUAUAAAAAUAUUCUUAUACUUUUACUUUACAAAUAUUUUAAUAUUUAAUUAGAUAAUAAAUAUUAUUGUUAUUUUUAUCUUUCUAAUAGCAUAUUAAUUAUGUGUUUGACAAACAAUUAGAAAGCUCUUCAAAUUUUCUUUGUAAUGUCAAUCAAAAACAGUUCGAUUACUUAAUCUUUUAGACAAAUAUUGUUUCAAGACGCUUCGAGUGCUAAAAAAACUGUCUAAAAAUAAAAAAAAAGCUCUCCAAGAUAAAAAAAAAACCGUCAAUAAAAACUUUGAAUGUAAUAAAACUUGCAAGGGGAUUUGUGCUAUUUUUUAUUAUCCAUGGAGUAAACUUUUAUCGGAGUCAUCUGUUCUUGAAAAGCAUUUUGAAAAUAAUUUUAAAAUUGUGAAAUGAUCUCUUUGCAUCUGGGAUGUUACACUUUUACAAUCUUGAACAUAAAUGUGAUUCCUUUGAAGAAUAAAAACAUUCUUUAUGUUAACGACAAAGAACAAACAGUGGUAUGAAAUAUCUUAUUUAUUGCAAAUGUGUUUGCGAAUUGGAAAAUAGAAAACUGUCAAAAAGUAGCAAGCAACGAAAAAUCUCAUGUGAAUUCUAUAGUAUCUGACUUUUUAUUGACGUUUGUAUUUUAUUAUGCUAAGUGUAAAACUUUUUAUAGCAUUCGAAGUAUCUAAGCGAUUUAAUAAUUGUAGAAUUGUAUGUUAAUGAUAAUUUUUAUGAAUAUUGUAUUAAAAAAAAAAAAUCUCGCCACAAAUUUAUUUGCCAAGCUAAAAGAUAACUUAGCAAACGAGAAUUGAUUGAAAUCCAUAUCAAUUUCGAAUUCUAAUACAAUGCCAACUGUAAUAUGAUAGAUAUAAUUGAAUAUUGUAUGUUCUUCUGACCAUAUCUUUGUACCUUAGAAGAAAGGAAUCAUCAAAAGGAAUGAUUUAAUUUUAAAGCCGAUUUUUAUAUCGAAAAGUAUUAUUC